CAAAUACGUAAUAAUUUUGAAGUAUUCGCUGCGGCCCGGGCAGAACCGCAGCAACAGGUAUACUUCGUAUAGCAUAAUAUAGGGUGUCUCCUCCACAAUCCUUCCUCGAGCAGACUUCACACAAAUCGAUCCAAAUCCCUAGCCAUUCUACACAGCUCGAUUUCACAUCUUCUUAAUCCCUCCCAGCCACAACCACAGCUCGUCCGUCGCCUUCACCGCUCGAUCCGAAUCCCAGCCGCAACUCGUCACCAUAGAUCACGACUGCGACCGCCGCUCGCUCAAUGUCUGCGUCCGCCGCUUGCUCAAAGACUGCUACCGCCACUGGCUUGAAGACUGCCACCGCCCUCGCUUGAAUGCCACCGCCUCCAAAUCUCGCUCGAUGUCUGCAGCCGCUUCUCAUUAAUCGUCCGCCUCCUGGCUCCUUAGGAGCAGCUUUUAGCUCUCCUCUUAUCUCCACUAAUUAAGUUUCAUUGCCAAUGGAACAUGUUUAUGGUGCUUUUUAAGGUUCUUAGAUGAAAGGAAACCAACAUCUUCAAGUACAAAACAUGGAUCUCAAUUUUCAAACUCGUUUGGGAUAUUUUAUGGCCAUUGAAAGCACGUAACACACUACUCGACGGAGCCAUCAUGAAGCGUCAAUGUAAUAUGCAUCAAUUGCAUUAUUCCACUAAAGAAAUCCGAGGAUUUUGCACUAGUUAACCAUCUAUACCCCUCAGCUUCUUAUGCCAAAUGUCUUGUUACUUGGGCACCUAUCUGGUAUUUUGUCUGGAUUUGCAUCUCGCUGUCGCUUGGUGCUGCUUGCCUCCGCUUCCUGCCCACUUGCCACCGCUUCUUGCUGCUCGCCUUCGCCUCAUGUAUGCUCGUCGCCGUUUCUUGUUGCUCGCUGCUACUAUAUCCACGACUUGCCUGCUCAUUGCCGCAUCUUCAUAAUUAGAGUCUUUGCAAUUGUGGUUGCAUUUUUUUCUACGGGAACUGAUUCUAAAUGCUUUCAGAUUCAGUUCUCAAAAGAUUCUGAGAUAGAAGAGGUGGGGAAGGAUCACGUUCCAUAUGGUUUUGGAUUCAUCCACUUUUUUUUUUCUACUGGAGCCAUGUACUUCCCAAUGCAAAUCAUCCGCUGGAAUAUCAUACUUAAUGAAUGUAUUUAAGAUUAAUUUUGUUGUAUUGGAUGUAAUACUAGAUAAGUCAUAUUGUUGUUAGUUCAUGAAAUAUGUAGAAAGAAUGUAUUGUUUUGGUGUAAAGUAUGAUUAAUUGACCAUUUGAAACUUCAAUAAAAGCAGGCAGUGUUAUAUAUAUUGUUACAGUCGUUAAUUUUAUUGAAAUCAAACAGUGUUGUAGA